CUCCUCCGGCCCCCUCCGGGUUGUGUGUCUGUGUGUAUGUGUGCGUGUGUGUGCGUGUGCACGCGUGUGUGUGUGUCGGCUCAGGCUGGCUGCGGGCUCCGGGCUUUGGCCGCACUUGCUCGCUCGUCGUGCGCCGGGGGCUUUUGUGUCCCGACUUGGGUGCGCUGCCCCGCGCGCGGCGUUGCUCCCGGCCAGGGAUCCCCUUUUCUCCUCUUCCUCUUCCCCCGCGAGGCGGCGGCGGCGGCGGCGGCGGCGCUGCGCCCGGGGCCAGCAGCGAGCGACGACUGUAAAAGGGGCCCGGGGAGAGGGGUCCGUGUCGGCCGAGCCCGAAGAUGCCGGAGUUCCUGGAGGACCCCUCGGUCCUGACCAAAGAGAAGUUGAAGAGCGAGUUGGUCGCCAACAACGUGACGCUCCCGGCCGGCGAGCAGCGCAAGGACGUCUACGUGCAGCUCUACCUGCAGCACCUCACGGCGCGCAACCGGCCGCCGCCGCCGGCUUCGUCCUCGUCGUCGUCCUCGUCGCUCGCCGCGGGCGCCAACAGCAAGGGGCCGCCCGACUUCUCCAGCGACGAGGAGCGCGAGCCCACCCCGGUGCUCGGCUCCGGGGCCUCCUCCGGCCGCGGCCGGGCCGCCGUCGGCAGGAAAGCCACAAAGAAAACUGAUAAGCCCAGACUAGAAGAUAAAGAUGACCUAGAUGUGACAGAGCUCUCUAAUGAAGAACUUCUGGAUCAGCUUGUGAGAUACGGGGUGAAUCCUGGUCCCAUUGUGGGGACAACCAGGAAGCUGUAUGAGAAGAAGCUGUUGAAACUGAGGGAACAGGGGACAGAAUCACGGUCAUCUACGCCUCUUCCAACAGUCUCUUCUUCAGCAGAAAACACGAGACAGAACGGAAGUAACGACUCCGACAGAUACAGUGAUAACGAUGACGGGAAGAAGAAAGAACACAAGAAAGUGAAGGCCACUAGGGAUUUUGUUCCUUUUUCUGAACUUGCAUCUGCUCCCUCUGGUGGAUUUUUUCAGGGUAUUUCUUUUCCUGAAAUCUCCACCCGCCCUCCUCUGGGCAGGACGGAAGUGCAGGCAGCUAAGAGAGUCCACACUUCUAAGGGAGACCUCCCCAGGGAGCCUCUUACUGACCCAGCCUUGCCUGGGAAGGGACAGGUGCAGAGGUUGGCCCCUGGGCGGAAUGUAUUCGUUCCUUCCGAGUCUAGCUAUGAUAGGUGUGUAGAGAAAAGUUCUUCAUCGCCCGCUCAGCGUGAACUCGCUGCCAGGCUGGCCUCUGCUGCAGCUUCUCCCUCCCUGAUGAGAGAGACCACUACUACUUACUGUAAAGACGUAGUAGAAAGUAUCUGCCGUGGAGGGAAAGGCAGAGGUCGGCCCUCCGGUGCUGAGGGGCCUGGUGUUUCCGAUCAGUCCGUGAUCUGCAGUGAAAGAGAGGUGCUGCAGGAGUCAGAGAGGUCUCAGGUCAUCUCUCCACCACUUGCUCGCGCCAUCAGAGACUACGUUAAUUCUCUGUUAGUCCAGGGUGGGGUCAGCAGUGUGCCUGGGAUCUCUGGUUCUGUACCCACACUGGAUAUAGAAAACAUAUGCAAGAGACUUAGCCAGUCUAAUCGGCAAGAGUCUGCUGAACCCCUGUCUCCUCCCCGCAAAGUCCCCAGACUCAGUGAGACGCCCGGGAAGGAAGGGGGUUCAGGUUCACGUGUGGCAUUUCAGAAUACGCCUGCUUCUGAACAUACAUCUUCUUUUGCCAAGAGUGUUGUCUCUCGUUCCCUUACAACCUUAGGGAUAGAAGUGUCUCAGCAAGCACAGCAUGGUAAAGUAGAUGCCUCCGAGCCAUCUUUUCCUCUACACGAAUCGAUUGUAAGAGUGAUCGGAGAGGAGUGGCAGCAAGUUGACAGGCAGCUGCCUUCACUGGCAUGCAAAUAUCCAGUUUCUUCCAGCGAGGCAACACGGAUAUUAUCGGUUCCAGCAGUAGAUGAUGAAAUCCUGGGGCUUGUUCCUGAAACCACCCCACGCACCACAGUUCAGGCGUCCUCCACUGAGUCUUGUGAUAAACAUUUGGACUUAGCUCUCUGUAGAUCUUAUGAAGCUGCAGCAUCAGCAUUGCAGAUUGCAACCCACACUGCCUUUGUGGCUAAGUCUCUGCAAGCCGACCUAAGUCGGGCUGCACAGAUCAUUAGUUCAGAUCCUAGUCAUGCACACCAAGCCCUUGAGAUUCUGAGCAGAACCUAUGAUGCAGCUUCGUAUCUCUGUGACGCUGCCUUUGAUGAGGUGAGGGUGUCUGCCCAUAUCAUGGGGUCUUCUACUAUGGGUCGGCGUCAUCUGUGGUUGAAAGACUGUAAGAUUGCCCCAGCUUCUAAGAAGAAACUGACAGUCGCCCCCUUUGAGGGUGGAACACUAUUCGGAGGGGAAGUACACAAAGUUAUUAAAAAGCGUGGAAAUAAACAGUAAUGUAGUUAAAAGCAAAGUUAAAAGUUAUCCUUGAUUGUAGAAUUUAUGAACAUUUCUAGGAAUUCUAGCAACUUCUAUGCCAGAAUUUUCUUUUGAGGCCUUUUUAAUCUUCUAAUAGCACUAAUUUCAAGGUGUUAAGCUUCCACUCGUCAAUUAUAGUAUAAUGACACACAGAGAAGCCUAGUACAGUUUAAGUUUAGUUCACGUUUGUCUCACAUAAGUUUAUGGCUUCCUGUUUUACAUAACACUUUUACACAAGUCUUAAAUUGUUUUCUUUCUGAUAAAAAAUUUUACAGCUCUUAGAUUUAAAAAGAAUUCCAGCAACUAAAGUAUCAGUAGAAUCAUCAUUUUUGUUUUGUUUUGUUUUUGUUUUUCGCCAUAGGGUUUCUCUGUAGAUCAGGCUGCCCUUGAACUCACAGAGAUCUGCCUGCCCCCACCUUAUGAGUGCUGGGGCGUGCACCCCACCACCCAGCGGCCUCCCUCUUUUUUAUCAGUGCCAUUCACAUACUUCUUUACGCCUUGAUCAGGGUUAAACAUUGCUAAUCACUUAAAUCAUUGUCUUCUUUUCCUUCUCACGGGAAUUUACUUUGAAAAGUCUAGUGUGCAGGAAUGCCGAGUCUCAGCAGUGCAGUGGGCCCACAGCCCUUGAGGUUUCAGUCUGCUCUGCUUUCUGCUGCUCAUUUUCGUUACACACAUCUUUGGCUAGGAGGCCUUUUGCCCACUCACGACAUUGCAAGACAUCCCCAGGCGACCUUUGCACUUACUCUUUUCGUCACCCUGGGCUAAGUAGCCACACGUUCUUAAAUUUGUCCGCAUCCUUGUGCGUGCUUUUGUCCCCAGCAGACUUCAUGGUAAUUCUAGGUCAGCGUAACUCUAAGUGCCAGUCCCCACACGUGCUGGUGCAGACACUCUCAGAGAAUAGAAGGGGGAGGGGCAGCGGCUCAGUGCUAAGCAGCAUGUGCGAGAUGCUUUGUAAGACAAUGAGAAGAGGUGUACUGCAUGCCUGUAUGUAUGUACACACACACUCACAUGUGUGCUCACUUUAGUGAAAAAAGCAAUGCACAGCUAUAUGUUCUGAUAGAGGAGGCAGCCAAGUCAUACGAGCAUGUAGACCACACUGAGGAACACAGCUGUGGAUAAACAGAUGUUCUGAUACAGUUGGUGUUCGCUCAACAUGACCUUUGUUAGAUGAAUAAGACACUGGGAAGACAGGGCUUUUUUACUUACAUGUAUGUAAAGGUAUGUUGUAUGUCCUGAGUAGUUAAAUUUCAGGUCUGAAUGCUAAAAGCAAAUUUGAAUUAUUUUCUAAAAACCUUAAGUGAUUUUACUAUGCCCCAAUGUCUGUCUGUAUGAAGCGAUGUAUUGCCUUGUUUCCAUGUGUAUGGCUAUAAGGUAAGGUAGCUUGACUGUAGAGAAACGGAACAUGGUCUUAAGCAUGACCAAAUACAGUCCAUUGAGUGUUCAUGUCUACUGCCAUGUUCUUAGACUGCACAUUCCGUCUGCAGCUUUGUUACUCGUCUUCUAAUGUACAUGUACACAUGUACCUGUUAAGUGCUGUGUGGGUUCUUAAAGCAAUGUAUCCCUGUAGAAUGCUUCUGCAAAUUCAAUAAAGUUGUUAAAUUUGAACAGUU